CACACACGCAAUCCCGCACAAACAAACACACACAAACAGGGAAGAAGGAUUAACUCCAGAGCCAUAGAGAUCCACACACUGGCCAGGGAUGGAUGGGAGAACACUACAUAUAAGGAGUAAAGCCCAAGGGACCGACGACGAUGACGACGACGAAGAGGAGAAAACCCAGGCAGUGACUUGGAACGAGCCCCUCAGUUCUCUCUCCCCUCUGGUCCGACUCUACGUCUACGCCCUGCAUGGCUGCCUCUGUGAGGUGGCCUUCACCGCCGUCUACGACUGGUUGGACACUCGGGACAGAAGGAUGAUGGGAUACAGCAGCCUUUGGGCCCUGCCCAUGUAUGCCAUUGCCAUCUAUCUCAUCGAGCGGCUGGGGAAAAGGCUGCUGGCACAGCGCCACCCACUACCAACGAGGCUAUUUGCCUACACCCUGUUCAUCUACCUGUGGGAGCUGAGUUGGGGGAUAGGGUUGAGUCUAAUGGGCGCCUGUCCCUGGGACUACUCGGGUUACAGGUACAACCUGGGAGGACUGGUGACUCUGGAGUAUGUUUUGCUCUGGGCUGUGGCAUCGCUUAUAGCCGAGAAGUACGUGAUCCGAAACACUCUACGGAUAAGACUGAAGAACUGAUCUAGAAUCAGUCUAAUAUUAAAUAUUGUGCUUCCCAGUACAGGGAUGACUGUGUGUACAAUACCUGUAUGAUUGUUCAUUACAAUACAAGUAAAAGUGAAGCUAGUUUUCUACUUUUUACAUUAUACUUUGAAUUCGCAGUUGUCACAAAUAGGAAAUAUGAAAUGGGAUCCGUUUGGAUAUUAGAAAAUUGGCCAGGGCAUUAUGCCUAACUCAGCUGUACGUGACUGAUCUGAAAACUUUUUGGGCAAUGUGACAAGGCGUCGUGUCCUGCAGGCCAAGCUGACGUUAGCAAGAGGGAAAAAUACACACCAUCUCUCAACGCACCGAUGUGUGUGCAGUUAAUGGAGGAGUUUUGACACAACUGCUUAGUUUAUGAAGCUCAAAAGUCUUCCCAUAACAGCUUCUGUCCAUCCAUUAUCCAAACCGCGUAUCCUGCUCCCGGGGUCAGGGGGAUGCUGGAGCCUAUCCCAGCAGUCAUUGGGCGGCAGGCGGGGAGACACCCUGGACUUUAGUACGGCCGAUU